CCGCCGGUACUAUUUCCUCUCUCACCACAUUUCCCUUUCUCUCUCCUCCUCGAACCCACACUUUAUAUCUCUCGUCUGUCUAUUUGCCAAACCAAUAAACACACAACGCCAAAAACAAUCAACAACAUAAUAAUCAGCCAAGCGCGACACUUAUCGAAUCCAGACUUUACAAGCUAGCGCAACAAUCUCUUCUUCAUAUGGCGGACGAGUUCUCGAGAUCAGUGGCAGUCGGCCUAAACCUCUCGAAACGGAUCUACUACGGUAAAGACCGGUCUCUAUUGCCCCCGGAGCUGCCGAAGGCGAUGGAGAGGUCGGAGAGCUUGCUUCCGACUGCUCCGAUGGUGUACGCGGUGAUAUCGGAGCCAUCGGUAGUGGAUAAUCCGGAUAUCCCGAGCUACCAGCCGUACGUUCUCGGCCGGUGCGAUCCGCCGGCGUUGAUUCCGCUGCAUAUGCACGGGAUUGCGGUGGAGGUGGAUUGUUACUUGGAUACUGCUUUCGUUACGGUUAGUGGGACGUGGCGAGUUCAUUGUGUUAUGGCGGGGCAAAGCUGUGAUUGUCGUAUUGGGAUACCGAUGGGCGAGCAGGGUUCAGUUCUAGGUGUCGAGGUGGAUGAUGGUACAAGAUUAUACCAGACCCAACUGAUCACACUGCAAGAUACAAAAGAUGUAGAAAAAGUCGCAAAGGCCAAAGACGGGUUUUACCUAAAACGACGAAUAUUGACGCUAAAAGUUCCCCAGGUUGAAGGGGGGUCAAAUCUUUACAUGAAAGUGAGUUGGUCUCAGAAGUUAUUAUACCAAGAUGGUCAAUUCUGCCUCACUCUGCCGUUUAGUUUUCCAGCUUAUGUCAAACCUGUAGGUAAGAAGAUCAUUAAAAGAGAAAAGAUAGUGUUGUCAGUGAAUCCUGGCACUGGGAAAGAAGUUUUAUUGAGGAGCAGUAGCCAUCGUCUUAAGGAAGUAACUCGGCAGGUUGGGAAACUAGGUUUCUUAUACGAAGCACAAGUUUCAUCGUGGUCUAGCACCGACUUCUUUUUUUCAUAUGAUGUCUCUUCAAGUGACAUAUUCGGUGGUUUAUUGUUGCAAUCUGCAUCUCUGCAUGACAUUGAUCAGAGAGAGAUGUUUUCUCUUUACGUUUUCCCCGGCAAUGGUCAGCAUAGGAAGGUUUUCAGAAAGGAAGUGGUAUUUGUAGUAGACGUUAGUGGAAGCAUGAGGGAGGGGCCUCUUGAGAAUACAAAAGUAGCUCUGUUGGCAGUCCUCUCGAAGCUCAGCCCUCUAGAUUAUUUUAACAUCAUAGCUUUCAAUGAGAGCACUCAGUUAUUCUCAUCAUCAUUGGAGCCAGCAACCAAGGAGGCAAUCGAAAAUGCCACUCAGUGGAUUAGCAGAAGUUUUAUUGCCGAGGGUGGCACUAACAUCUUGCUUCCCCUAAAUCAGGCACUCGAAAUGUUGGCCAAAACCAAAACUAGUGAAUCUGUUCCUCUCAUUUUCCUGAUUACUGAUGGCACUGUUGAAGAUGAAAGACAUAUCUGUAAUGAAGUGAAAAGUCGUCUCUCUGAUGGAAGAUCGAUUUGUCCCCGAAUUUCCACUUUUGGCAUAGGUUCAUAUUGCAAUCACUACUUCCUACAAAUGCUAGCACACAUUGGGAGGGGCUAUUACAGUGCUUCAUAUGAUGUAGAUUCGAUCAACCUUCAAAUACAAACACUGUUCAAUACUGCUUCGGCAGUCAUCCUUGCGAAUAUCGGUAUUGAUGCAUUUGAAUGUCUGGAUUCACUUGAGAUAUACCCAAAUCACAUCCCAGACCUUUCCUCAGGAAGUCCAUUGAUUGUAUCGGGGAGAUACCAUGGAAACUUUCCAGACUCUUGUAAAGCAAGUGGAAUCUUGCCAGAUAUGAGCAAUUUCAUCGUCGAUUUGAAAGUACAAAAACCGAAGGGUAUGGCUCUGGACAGGGUAUUGGCGAGGAGACAAAUUGAUAUUAUCUCAGCUCAUGCUUGGUUGACAGAAAGCAAACAAUUAGAGGAGAAGGUCACAAAAAUGAGCAUACAAACAGGGUUUCUAUCGGAGUACUCCCACAUGGUUUUGGUUCAGACUGAUAAAGGAAAGCAAGCUUCUGAUUCAAUGUCAAAACAAGAGAAGGUGGCCCAACCGAGUGGCAAGCAAAUAAUUUCCCCACGGAAGCUAGGUAUCGGCUUUAGAAAAAUUUCCCUGAAGAAGGUGGCUCAACCGAAUGGCGAGCAAAUAAUUUUCCUACGGAAGCUGGGUAUCGGCUUUGGCAACUUGGUUGCAACUGCUGAGAACCGUCCUCCAUGUCGCGAAGAAGUAAAUCUACACGCAACCUCAGAAGUCAUUGCAAAGGCUGCUGUACGUUGUUGCAGUAGGGUUGUUGAUCGUUGCUGUUGCAUGUGCUGCAUCCAGGCUUGUUCAUGGAUGAAUGACAAAUGUGCAAUUGCUCUCGCACAGCUCUGCACUGCCCUUGCCUGCCUUGAGUGCCUCAAUUGUUGUUGUGAAGUCUGUUUUUCGUGUGACUGCUUCUGAAAAGGGAAGAAAAAAACAGCCCGAAUGUAUAUAUUGGUGGCUGCUUCUGAAAAGGGAAGAAAAAAACAGCCCGAAUGUAUAUAUUGGUGUGUUGGUUGGCUCUGUUGUGUCGCAACCUGUUGCUGUUCGUUGUAUUAUAGUGUUAUGCGUUUCUCCUCCUUCCUGGUUGCAGUUGGAAAAUGCUGAUUUGUUCAGUUACAUUACUUUUUUUAACCAGCUGCGACACAGCUCGAUGUACUUGCAUACAUUCCAGGAGUUCAAUUAACCAAUCUAUUCAAGUUUUUUUUUUU